AUGUGGCUAACCGCAUUUGAAGAGUUGGAUAUGGCGCAGGCGGGCGACGGUGAAGACGAAUUAACCCAUUUGCCGGGCUAUGUUUUUGAAUCAGAUAUCAUGGCGAUCAGAGCAUUUGUUCGGGAGAUGGUCACCCAGUCCAUUAUACCCACCAUGGAGCGGCACGUCGCUCUCUGGAAUGAAAAUGUCGCCUCCCGACGCAGAGGAAUCACUGGCCGAUUGGUGAACUUUUCCAAAAAAUGGACAGGUUUCAGCUCCGGGUCUCGUUCCUCAGCCUCCGGCCCUGGCCUUGCCAGUGGAUUUGAGACUCUCGGCUUUUACCGGCCGGAGACCCAUGAAGCAACCAUGCGGAAGUUAGCAGAUUUCGCGUUCAUGCUAAGAGAUUAUAAACUUGCCCAUUCUACAUAUGAUCUCGUUAGGGGCGACUUCUUUGAGGCUAAGGCUUGGAAAUAUCAUGCUGCAGCAAGCGAAAUGGCAGCAGUCAGCCUUUUACUCACCCCAAAGCAUCUCGUGUCAAAGUCACGCGCGGAGAUGGUUGACCAAAUACUGGAAUCUUCCUUUUACUCCUAUCACGCUAGAUGUGGAGAUAUCUCGGGGUCGUUGCGUUGUGUCACACUCUGCCUCGAGCUUCUCAAAAUUCGGGGCGGCGAUGGUGUCGAUGACGCUGCAAAAUGGGCCAUCAGGCUCAUCGACUCGAGGCUACCUAGUCGUAUCGCUGAUGUAUUAUUGAAAGAGAGGGUUGCGGCUUGUUAUUUUUCUAAGCCAGCGGUGCAAGGCCGUGUUUCUGGUCUCCGUCGGCGGAAGGCUGCCCUCUGGAAUAUUCUAAGCGCCGAGGCUUGGAUCGCGCAAGGUCGAUACGUCCAGGCGCACAAAUGCCUUCACCAAGCACAAACGGUAUAUUUCGGUCAGAUGUUCGAAGGACAAAUUAAACAGUUUGGCCGCGCCUGCGACUAUGUCACCAGCAUUCAAGCGCAACUAAACUUGCGGGUAAGCUCCUCGCACAUGGAUGGUGCCUGCCAGGGCCUUCCUCCUUCUCCUGUUGUUGACGAGGAGAGUGAGGCUUUGGGCGAUCCUCUACGCCGUCAGCGGGCCACGACGCUUACUUCCACGACUACGGGGGCAAGUCUUGAGACAGCGCCGUUAAGGGAAAACCUAGAGAGAAACACAUCUAAAGACAGGCUUGCACAGGGCGCAUUCGGUUGA